ACCCGUAUCCUCAAGACCCCGUACGACGUCGCCAUGGCCAAGUCCAAGAACCAUACCAACCACAACCAGAGCCGCAAGGCUCACCGUAAUGGUAUCAAGAAGCCUAAGAGCCACAGGACGCGUUCGACGAAGGGUGUUGACCCUAAGUACCGUCGCAACAACAAAUUCGCGUUGGUUGGUUCGAGAAAAGCUCGUGCCGAGCAGAAGGCAGCAUCAUGAUCAUCCUCUCCGCCUCAGUAGUGCACCGUAGAGGAUGACCCUGGAAGGCCAUGCCCGGAGGGAGGGGAGCUGGCCCGAGUCUCGCGCAAGGCGACGUCGUUCCAUGUAAAACACCACCACGAUCAUGCUGUGUAUGCCAUCCCCGCUAUUCAUAGGACCUACCGCGCAGAAAUCGAAA